UCACCGGGCGAGAUACUAUUUUGCUCUUAAUUUCGGGACAUACUUCAAUUUUUUUGAUAACUUUAUAGCUAUUGGAUCAAAUAUUCUAGUUCGUCAACAUUGAGGUCCGAUUGAGAAUCCGACAACAAAAUGAGCUCUAUCAAUUGACCGUCGCUGGAAAACUCUCAGAUUUCAGUGCACCAUGUUCACGCUACACUCCACAAAGUGAAAACCCUGUUUAGGGUAUGUUCUCAUAAAUAUCUAUAUGUAUAGAGAUAGAGAGAGAGUCAACGAGAAGCAAGUCAAAGCAAAGCUUUUCUUGCGUACCCUUUAUUCUAAGAUCACAAAAGGUCAAAUUGAUUUUUCGAAUACAAUUACGAAGCAGUUCAUGGAAUAGUCCUUUCAAUCUUGAAAGUUAUCAUCUUGAUAAGGUAAUCGAUUGAGUUCUUGUAAAUGGGAAACUGUGGCAGGGAAGAAAUGGUGGAAAUUGAGAGGGAGGAUUUGGAGGAACCGAAAGAUCAGCCCGAGGAUUCUAAGAGAAUUCCUCCGUGGACAAAACAGAUAACAAUAAGAGGGAUUGUAGCAAGUUUACUUAUUGGUAUCAUUUAUAGUGCCAUAGUAAUGAAGCUCAGUCUUACAACGGGGCUCGUCCCAAACCUGAAUGUCUCGGCUGCUCUUCUUGCCUUUGUGUUUAUUCGAACAUGGACGAACCUGCUGCAAAAGGCGAAUCUUGUAACAACCCCAUUCACUAGACAAGAGAAUACAAUUAUUCAGACUUGUGCUGUUGCAUGUUAUAGCAUUGCAGUGGGAGGUGGCUUCGGGUCUUAUCUUUUGGGAUUGAACAAGAAAACAUAUGAACAGGCAGGACUUGAUACAGAGGGAAACUCCCCUGGGAGUUACAAAGAACCUGGCCUCGAUUGGAUGAUUGGUUUUCUUUUUGUUGUUAGCUUUAUAGGGCUGUUGGCUUUGGUUCCUCUCAGAAAGAUCAUGAUUAUAGAUUACAGAUUACCUUAUCCAAGUGGAACUGCCACUGCUGUUCUCAUCAAUGGAUUCCACGCCCUUAAAGGAGACCAAAUGGCCAAGAUGCAAGUUCACGGGUUUAUGAAAUUUUUCUCAAUUAGUUUCCUGUGGAGUUUCUUUCAAUGGUUCUAUUCUGGUGGAGGACAAUGUGGAUUCAACAGCUUCCCCGCCUUUGGAUUGAAAGCUUGGAACCAAUCAUUUUACUUUGAUUUCAGCAUGACUUAUAUCGGAGCCGGAAUGAUUUGCUCCCAUCUUGUGAAUUUAUCUUUGCUUCUUGGGGCCAUGCUCUCGUACGGGGUUAUGUGGCCAAUAAUAAGCGAACUUAAGGGAGUUUGGUUUCCUGAAACUAUACCAGAAAGCAGUAUGAAGAGUCUAAAUGGUUACAAGGUUUUCACUUCUAUCGCUCUAAUCCUUGGUGAUGGUCUCUACAAUUUCCUCAAGACAAUGUUUUCUACCAUUAGAAGCAUGUAUACUGCAUUCAACAAAAGGAAUCUUAAAGCAGAUAACAAGAAUCAACAACCCAAUGAUCUCCAAAGAAAUAAAUUGUUCAUAAGAGAGAGCAUUCCAUUGUGGGUAGCAUGUAUUGGAUACAUGUUAUUCUCCGUUAUUUCCAUCUUCAUAAUUCCAAUUAUGUUUCCUCAGCUGAAGUGGCAUUAUGUUUUGGCUGCUCAUGUUCUGGCACCAUCCCUGAGUUUUUGUAAUGCUUACAGUGCUGGCCUCACCGACAUGAACAUGGCAUAUAACUAUGGGAAAGUGGCUCUCUUUGUGCUUGCUGCUUUGGUCGUAAAAGAAAAUGGUGUAGUUGCAGGACUCAUUGGAUGUGGUCUGAUAAAAUCCAUUGUUUCCAUAUCGUCUGAUUUGAUGCAUGAUUUCAAGACUGGCUAUCUUACGCUCACUUCACCUCGAUCAAUGGUUCUUAGCCAAGGGAUUGGGACUGCCAUUGGCUGCAUUGUUGCUCCUCUCACGUUCGUCCUGUUUUACAGGGCUUUUGACGUGGGGAACCCAGAUGGAGAGUACAAAGCUCCUUACGCUCUCAUAUACAGAAACAUGGCAAUUCUCGGGGAGGAAGGCUUCUCCGCUCUGCCUCAGCAUUGCUUGCAGCUAUGCUAUGGGUUUUUCACAUUCGCCAUAUUGGCUAAUUUGUUGAGAGACUUGGCGCCGGAGAAGGUUGGAAAAUGGGUUCCUCUCCCGAUGGCUAUGGCCGUGCCUUUUCUAGUUGGAGCUAACUUUGCAAUUGAUAUGUGUGUUGGCAGCUUGAUUGUCUACAUUUGGCACAAGGUAAACAACACGAAGGCUAGUUUGAUGAUUCCAGCGGUUGCAUCUGGUUUGAUUUGUGGAGACGGAUUGUGGAUUCUUCCUUCGUCUAUUCUUGCUUUAGCCAAGAUUAAUCCUCCCAUCUGCAUGAGUUUUUUGCCUACCUUCAACUUCCUAAGAACUUGAAGGCACUUGAUGGAUUUGUUCAGUACCAUGAAUUGUAUGUUAAUUUAUCAUAUUCUGAAGAUGAAUUAUUUAAUAAUUGAUUUGAUCAUAUUAUGAAUGAAAAAAGUUAAAAUCUGGUUUAUUCAA